AUGCCAUCACCUAAUCGCAAAGUCCUCAUAACCGGUUGCUCGGAUGGCGGGCUGGGGGCCGCUCUCGCUAUUGCCUUCCAUGAAGCUGGUCUGGAAGUAUAUGCCACAGCCCGAGACCCUUCUAAAAUGUCAGAGAUAAAAUCGCGAGGCAUUAAAGCACUUCGCUUGGACGUGCAGUCAGAUAGCUCAAUUGCAAAGUGUGCAAAUGAAAUAACCGAAUUGGACAUUUUAGUCAACAAUGCCGGCAGUGGAUACUAUAUGCCAGUGUCGGACCUUUCGAUACCAGAGGCCAAAAAUCAAUUCGAUCUCAAUGUGUGGUCUCCCUUGGCAGUUACACAAGCGUUCCUACCGUUGCUGCUGAAAUCGAAGGGGAUGGUUGUCAACCACACAUCCGUUGCCUCCUUGUGUGCAAUUCCAUUUCAAUCGGCGUACAAUGCCUCGAAGGCUGCAAUGGCUAUCUUCUCGGACUCGCAGCGACUAGAACUCAAAAUGUUUGGCAUCAGGGUUGUGGAUCUCAAAACAGGCAUUGUCGAAUCGAACUUUCAAAAGAACCAACGGAAAGACGACAAAACGGUUUCUUUGCCCAUUGGAUCACUCUAUAUAGAUGCCAAGGAAGUGGUGGAGAGGACGACUCGAGGAGCUAUUUAUGAAGGCAAUGGCAUGUCAUCCCAGCAAUGGGCAAAACUUGUUGUGAUGGACCUUUUAAAAAGCAGUCCUCCUCCUAAUGUUUAUAGGGGAACCCAAGCUUGGCUAAUACGGAUUGGGAGUAUGCUACCGUUUGGGGCACUUGAUAGUACGGUCAGAAAGCUGACGGGAUUGGACGAAGUCGAACGAAUCGUACAGAAGUCAGAUGUAUAG